CAUUUGUGAUCAGCCCGUGCGCAGUUUAACCAACCACCCCAACUACCUCUGCCUGCUCUGGUCCGUCUGUUCUUCUGCUUGAAGCCAUGUCUUCUAUGCUAAGCUUAACCUCUCAAGGCGUUGUGUUUGCGACCGCCAUGGUGGUUUCCAGCACUGUUCUUUUUCUAGCUUUCUCCAAGCAAAAACCCUCUCCUUCAAUUCAAAAUCUUCGUUCUUGCUUGUCUUCAGACGGAAAGAAAAAAGAGAAAAAGAAGAAGAACAGAAGAGUGAGAUUUGCAGAGAAUGUGAAGGAUACAAAAGAGAACGGAGAUGAAUACAGAAGGAAGAAGGAGAAUUCUCUGUUUGGCAAGCAAGAAAAAGAGAAAGAGAAAGGAAAAUCGAUUAGGAGAAUUGAUGGAGUAUGCAAAAAUGAAAUCCAGGGAAUGCCAGCCAAUAGGAUUGCUCUCUACAAUGGAAUCCUAAGGGACCGUUUGCACAGAAUGGAAUGUUCAUAUUAAUCUCUCUUUUCCAAAUUCUUCAUUUUUUUUUUUAAAUAAUUAUCGGGGUAAAUAUUAGAACUUUGAUUUUUUUUAAAAAAAAAAAAACUGGGAACCUUAUUGUAUUUUAGUUGUUUUUGU